ACACACAUGGUGAUACAAAUACCAGUUUGAGCCUCUCAGUUAUUUUCUCUCAAGGGCUGGAGCCAGCCACACGGGAUAAAGGAAGGAACUGGAGGAGCAAAUUUUUUAAGGGAGAAGACAGAUUCUGUUCUGUCAGGUUCCUCUGAGUGUGUAUAAGGGGAGAGAGAGAGGAGAGAGGAAAAGCAAGAGGGAGAGAGGGGGAGAAGGGAUCUGUUGCAGGCAGGGGAAGGCGUGACCUGAAUGGAGAAUGCCAGCCAAUUCCAGAGACACACAGGGACCUCAGAACAAAGAUAAGGCAUCGCUGACAACACACCGGGGACGAGCUUGCAGACAAGUCAGGCCGGGAGGGACAGAGGCCAGAAGACCAGAAACAACCAAGUCAGGAAAAUGAGGUGGCUCCUUCUCUAUCAUGCUCUGUGCUUCUCCCUGUUGAAGGCUUCAGCCCACACCGUGGAGCUAAAUGAUAUGUUUGGCCAUAUCCAGUCACCAGGCUAUCCAGACUCCUAUCCAAGUGAUUCUGAAGUGACAUGGAAUAUCACUGUUCCAGAGGGAUUUCGGAUCAAGCUUUACUUCAUGCACUUUGACUUGGAAUCCUCCUAUCUUUGUGAAUAUGAUUAUGUAAAGGUAGACACUGAAGACCAAGUGUUGGCGAUCUUCUGUGGCAGGGAGACCACGGACACAGAGCAGACCCCUGGCCAAGAAGCAGUCCUUUCCCCUGGCUCCUUCAUGUCCAUCACUUUUCGGUCAGAUUUCUCCAAUGAGGAACGAUUCACAGGCUUUGAUGCCCACUACAUGGCUGUGGAUGUUGACGAGUGCACAGAGCGGGAGGAUGAGGAGCUGUCCUGUGACCACUACUGCCAUAACUACAUCGGUGGCUACUACUGCUCUUGCCGGUUUGGCUACCUCCUCCACACAGAUAACAGGACCUGCCGAGUGGAGUGCAGUGACAACCUCUUUACCCAGAGGACCGGCAUGAUCACAAGCCCAGACUUCCCCAACCCUUACCCCAAGAGCUCUGAAUGUUUGUAUACGAUAGAGCUGGAGGAAGGUUUCAUGGUCAGCCUGCAAUUUGAGGACAUUUUCGACAUUGAAGACCAUCCUGAGGUGUCCUGCCCUUACGACUACAUCAAGAUUAAAGCUGGUCUGAAAAUUUUGGGACCUUUUUGUGGAGAGAAAGCCCCAGAAACCAUCAAUACCCAGAGCCACAGUGUCCAGAUCCUGUUCCACAGUGACAACUCCGGUGAGAACCGAGGCUGGAAGCUCUCCUAUAAGGCAGCAGGGAAUGAGUGCCCAGAGCUACAGCCCCCUGUCGAUGGGAAAAUAGAGCCGUUGCAGACCAAGUAUUUCUUCAAAGACCAAGUGCUCAUCAGCUGUAACACAGGCUACAAAGUGCUAAAGGAUAAUGUGGAGAUGGACACAUUCCAGAUUGAGUGUCUGAAGGAUGGGUCAUGGAGUAACAAGAUUCCCACCUGUAAAGUUGCAGACUGCAGAGCCCCAGCAGAGCUGGAACAUGGGCUCCUCACCUUCUCCACCAGGAACAACCUCACCACAUACAAAUCUGAGGUUAUUUACUCCUGCCAGCAGCCCUAUUACAAGAUGCUCCCCAAUAUCACAGGGAUAUAUACCUGUUCUUCCCAAGGCAUCUGGAUGAACAAAAUACUGGGGAGAAGGCUGCCCACUUGCCUGCCAGCAUGUGGUCAGCCCUCCCGCUCCCUACCAAACCUGGUCAAGCGGAUCAUUGGGGGGAGAAAUGCUGAGCCUGGCCUCUUCCCAUGGCAGGCCCUGAUAGUGGUUGAGGACACCUCCAGGGUGCCAAAUGACAAGUGGUUUGGGAGUGGAGCCCUGCUCUCUGAGUCCUGGAUCCUCACAGCAGCCCAUGUACUACGCUCCCAGCGCAGGGAUAACACUGUGAUCCCAGUCUCCAAGGAACACGUCACCGUCUACCUGGGUCUCCAUGAUGUACGGGACAAGUCAGGGGCUGUCAAUAGCUCAGCAGCCCGUGUGGUGCUCCACCCAGACUUCAACAUUCAGAACUAUAACCAUGACAUAGCUCUGGUGAAGCUACAGGAGCCUGUGCCCCUGGGGCCCCAUGUCAUGCCUGUCUGUCUGCCAACACUUGAGCCUGAGGGCCCAGCACCCCACAUGCUGGGCCUGGUGGCCGGCUGGGGCAUCUCCAAUCCUAAUGUGACAGUGGAUGAGAUCAUCAGCAGUGGCACACGAACUUUGUCAGAUGUCCUGCAAUAUGUCAAGUUACCUGUGGUGCCACAUGCCGAGUGCAAAACCAGCUAUGAGUCCCGCUCAGGCAACUACAGUGUCACAGAGAACAUGUUCUGCGCUGGUUACUAUGAGGGUGGCAAGGACACGUGCCUUGGGGAUAGUGGCGGAGCCUUUGUCAUCCUUGAUGACUUAACCCAACGCUGGGUGGCUCAAGGCCUGGUGUCUUGGGGGGGCCCUGAAGAAUGUGGCAGCAAGCAGGUCUAUGGGGUCUAUACCAAAGUCUCCAACUAUGUGGACUGGGUAUGGGAGCAGAUAGGCUCCCCACAGGGUAUUGGGGAGCUCCAGGUGGAGCGGUGAGCCAACUUUUGUCCAUAGGGCCUGCCUGCCCUACUCCAGCCUCAAAUGAGACUACACCACACACUCCCAACAACGCACUCCAUGUUACUCAUUAGACCAAAGGAAUUGGAAUAAACUGGCCCCACAUGGCUCCCAUCCUCCCCAGACAGCCUAAGGAGUCCCUGAGGGACAGCAGUGUGGUAUAAGAGGAAGGCUCUGGACAAGAGUCCUGGGUAUGUGAUCCUGGCCAAGACCCUCUCCUCUCUGGGCCUCACUCAGCCUACUGACACAAUGAAGGGAUUAGGUCAGCUGAACUCUAGGCAAGUUCCAGCACUCUUUUCCAGGCCACCCUUGAUCCCAGUGGCUUUUACUCACUCUUACUCACUUGUCACACCCAUUGGCCCCCUAUUGAUGUAACUG